UCGGUAUUGUUUUGAAUUUCGCGCCGUUCCCACUUUUAUACUCCGAUACUUGUGACGUCACGUCUCGUGAGAGUGAAGCGCAGUAAUGGCGGCUCCAAAACCAGGAAGUGACUUGAAAUUACACUUUUAUUUAACGAUUUUAAGCAACAAACACAUUAUGAAAGGAUAUUUCGGGAAUAUUUCUCUCCACUACCGGAUCGAACUGAACGUUCCUCUGUCGCGACACUUAGUGAUUUCUUCGAGGAAGUUUCAAAACUGUUACAUAGUUACAUGAUCUACAACGGUUUGUAUGUGCUAAUGACAUUCAAGUUGGAGCAUGUAGUUACAACAUUCCAAAACGCCCUUGACAGGUUGCAAAUUGUUAUGAGACAUGUCAACAGAAUUAGGACAAGGAUACCGGUGGGACUGUAUGAACCUGUUGAAAAUUCUUUGCUGCAGGUGAUCCAUAUAUUGAGAGAAUACAUCCACCAACAGCAAACUGCUGAUGUACCAACACAACCUGACUUGGGUGCCAACGAAACAAGUUCAACUCUGUGUUCAAGAAUUGCUGGUACUCAACCUGGGGCCUCUGCAUAUGACAUAACUGCUUCACAGUUGCAUACCUUGUUUUCGUUAGGAUUUAGUGUUACGGAGAUUGCUAAAAGUAGAUUACUGGGUACAAGCUGUCGCCAAACUAUAUAUAACCAUAUGUCAAAACACAACAUUGCAAAAGUACGCCAGAGAUACACUAAUAUAUCUGAUGAAGAGCUGAGAGAUGUUGUAGCCGGUGUAAUGAAGUAUUUCGACCCCCGUAGAAUAAUGACCCCCCGGUCAUUAUUCUAUAGAAAAAGUGACCCCCCGGUCAUAGUAUUAUGACCUCCAGAUCAUAGUACUAUGACUCCCCCACGUGAAGUAAACUGAACCUCACGAAGAAUAUUGACUCCCAUAAAAAAAACGACCCCCGGUCAUUUAGUCAAAUUUAGUGAUAACUCAUGUAUCUAAGACCUAAUUGCUGCAUUUUAUGCCCCCACUCGGGGGACGGGGCAUAUAGAUUUGCCCUCGUCCGUCCGUCCUUCCGUUUGACCAUUAGCCCCAGAUACCAUCACUUGACAUAGAAAUCAGAGCAUUCCGCAACUGGAAAAGGGAUUCUAUUUCUAGACGCUGUAUCUCGGUGUAUACAUUUUUUUUUCAGGAAAAUAACAAUUCACAAUACGUUCACAAAACACACCAGUGUCAAUAAUCCCUGCAAACUUCGGUAUGAAGCAAUUCUUCAGAAGAAAACUGCACAAGAAACUGCUAGCAUAGAACUUAGUAUUAAUAGAAGUUGCAAUCCUUAGCAGUGGCAGUAAAGUACGGUAGCGGCAACAAUAGAAAGUAGUAGUAGUAGUAGUAGUGGCAGUGGUAGUGGCAGUUGCAGUAGCAGCAGCAGCAGCAGCAUCAGAGGAAUAAGUGACAGCAACAACAGCAGCAGGAGAAGAAGAAGUAGAUGUACAAGACAUAUUAGUGGAAGCAGGUAUAGUAGUAUCAGUAGUAGCAUUUGUAGUAGUAGUAGUAGAAGUAGUAGUAGUAGUAGUAAAAGAAGAAGAAGUACAUGUAGUAAUAGCAAUAGAAGUAGCGGCACCAGUAGUAGUAGUACAAUCAAAAGGUUAACUACUGGCAAUGGAGGGUAUUAGAGUUGUAGAUCUAGUAAAAUUGUCCGUUUGGUUUGAUGGGGAUCACUUUUUAAUAGAUAUUUUCGUCGAAAGUCUUUUUAGGAGUCGGUGUUUUACACGGAAAGAGUAACUUUUUUAAAUAGAAUAAUGUCCGGGAAUCGAUAUUGUAUGAGAGUUCGAAUGUAGUAAUUUCAGCAGUGAGUGUUUUACAUGGAAGGAGUCACUUUUUCUAUAGAAUAAUAACCGGGGUCGUUAUUCUAUGAGAUUCGAAGGGAGUCAUCUUUAGGGAGUCAGUAUUUUACUUGGAGGGGUCAGUUUUUCUAUAGAAUAAUGACUGGGGGGUCGUUAUUCUAUAGAGUUUUCGAAGGGAGUCAGUUUUUUAUAAAGGGAGUCAAUAUUUUACAGGAAAGGAGUCACAUUUUCUAUAGAAUAAUGACCGGGGGGUCGUUAUUCAAUGGGGGUCGAAAUACUUCAUUACACCGGCAUAAAUCUAGAAAAUCCUAACUCUGGUAGCGAAGAGGUUACUGCAAUCCUUCGUACACGACACCCACCAAUAAUUACCCAAAGAAAUGGAGUUCAAGCUGCUUUGAGAGAAGCUGAUCCUGUUGGAACAGCUUCACGUUGGUCAAGAGUUAUUCAACGCAGGCGGUAUUCCGUUCCUUCACCAAAUGCAGUGUGGCAUUUAGACACCAAUCAUGCAUUAAGAAGGUGGCGAUUUGUUGUCCAUGGAGGUAUUGAUGGGUUUUCAAGGCUUGUUACUUUCCUGAGAGCCUCAUCAAACAAUCGAGCCAAGACCAGUUUCGUCUUCUUUCUUCGAAGUGUUGCUGAUCAUGGUCUGCCUAGUCGAAUACGUACAGAUAAUGGUGGAGAGUAUGUACAUGUUAGACGUUUUAUGAAUACAGAAUUGGGACCAAAUAGGGGAAGUGCUAUUAGCGGCCAGUCUACACACAGUCAAAGAAUUGAACGCUUAUGGAGAGAUGUCUUUACCAAAGUGUUGGAUAAAUUUUAUAAACUAUUUUAUCAUAUGGAAGAUUACAAACUUUUAGAUAAAAACAAUGAAAUUCAUGUAUUCGCUUUGCAUCACACAUUUUUACCACGGAUCGAUGCUGAAUUAACAAGCAAAUUCGAUGAAUUGGUAUCCCCCGCCAAAAGGGUUUAUGGUGAGGAAUGGCAAAAAAAUAUAUCCGGCAAAAAGUUAAGGAUGUUAAUAAGAAGCAAAUAAUUUCAUUAGUCAAAAUCAAUUUAACAGAAAACAAAUGUUUAAUUAAAGAGUACAUAAUAAAUGUAUGAUACUUUGAUCCUGACUAAAGAAUUUAUUUUGAAUGGGAUAUGCUUACUGUAAUAA